GGAAGACAUACCGAAACAGAAGACAGAGAGAGCGUCUACAAAGGGCAGGCUCUCAUUCAGCUGAGAAACAUGUGCGCCUCUUUCCAGGUCCAGUUUCUGCAAACGCAGGGCUCCAAGCAGCAUUGAUCACUGGCUCUCAAUGAGAGGAUUACCAGGAUUACAGUCAAAGGUUUGGACACUUAAUGGUACACCAUUAAGAAUCAAGACAGCUGUAUGAUGGGUUGCAAAACGUUUUCCAUGCAUUGGCUCCUAAGAUGCCUGUGCUUUGUGCUUCUGUCUUUGAUCGGUGCAACGCAAGAUGAAAACUUGAGAAGCUGCAGGACCGCUCCAUGCGAUCUAGUUUUUAUUUUAGACGGCUCAUGGAGUGUUGUGGAUGUCAACUUUGAAAUUGUAAAGCGAUGGCUUGUCAACAUCACAACCAGCUUCAACAUUGGACAGAAGUUUACUCAGGUCGGUGUGGUCCAGUAUAGUGAUGACCCAAUUUUAGAAAUACCUCUGGGGAAGUUCUCCUCAAACAAAGAUCUCAUCAAAGCAAUGCAAAAGAUUGACUACAUGGGAGGGAACACAAGGACGGGAACUGCCAUUAAGUUUGCCACUGACAAAUUGUUUGGACUAUCCGAAAGGGGCCCAGCAGGCAUUUCCAGAAUUGCUGUUGUCCUCACAGAUGGGAAAUCUCAAGAUGAGGUCAUGAAAGCAGCCGAGGAAGCAAGAAAAAAAGGGAUAAUUCUGUUUGCAAUUGGAGUUGGGCCAGAGACAGAAGAGAAUGAGUUGAGGGACAUUGCAAACAAACCUUCCACAACUUAUGUGUUCUCUGUUGAGGACUACAAAGCAAUUACCAGGAUCAUUCAGGUCAUACGUCAGAAACUAUGUGAAGAAACAGUUUGUCCAGCAAAAAUUCCCAUAGAUUCCCGUGACGAGAAGGGCUUCGAUAUUCUGUUAAAAUUAAAUUUAGCUAAGAAAACUAAAAAAACGCAAGGAUCAUUUUAUGGCACUAAAGCAUAUGAAGUUACAUCUUUCGUUGACUUGAGUGAAACUACUAGGAGCCUUUUUCCUGAUGGCUUCCCUCCAUCAUAUGUAUUUGUGGCCACACUGCGGUAUAAAGGAUCUGUAGCCGUGGAGAAGUGGGACCUGUGGAGAAUACAGACCCAUGAUGGAGAUCCUCAGAUGGCAGUGACUCUAAAUGGUCUGGAUAAUACCGUCAUGUUCACAACAACCAGUAAUACACCAAAUGCAAUUCAAACUGUCACAUUUUCACAACAGACUGCAAGGAAGCUGUUUGAUGAAAAGUGGCACCAGCUGCGGCUACUGGUAACCGAAGAGGAUGUUACUCUUUAUGUUGAUAACCUGCAAAUGGAGACACAGCCUCUUGAGCCCUCUGUCGGCAUUUUCAUCAAUGGGAAAACCCAAGUUGGAAAAUAUGUAAACAAGGAAACAACUGUGCCUUUUGAAAUCCAGAAACUUCGCAUUUACUGUGACCCUGAGCAGAACACCAGAGAAACUGCAUGUGAAAUACCUGGAGUUUGCUCCAACAAUGCUGAUUACACUGAACCAACACAGGAACCUUGUACUUGUCCUCCUGGACCUCCCGGACCACCAGGAACAGCAGGGGGGAAAGGAAGCUCGGGUAUCCCUGGACAACCUGGACCUGCUGGUGCUGAUGGUAAGCCUGGUAUUCCUGGCCUUAGAGGACUUCCUGGGCUUCCAGGUCCACCAGGACUUAAGGGGGCACAAGGAGCAGACGGGUACAAAGGCGAGCAAGGGAGACCGGGUGUUUUGGGCGAACGGGGUAUGCCUGGAUUACCUGGACUGCCAGGGCAGCAAGGAGAGAAGGGUGCAAUAGGUUUACCAGGAAUUGCAGGGUUGCCUGGUAUACCUGGUCAAUUGGGUGCAAAAGGAAGCAUAGGACCUCCUGGGCCACCAGGUAUUCCUGGAAAUCCUGGAUUUCCUGGGAGAAAUGGAAAAGAUGGAAUUCAAGGAAGCCCUGGUCAAAAGGGUGAAGCUGGAGCCAUUGGUAUUCAUGGUUCAGAUGGAAGACAAGGCCAUCCUGGUGUUCCUGGUUUGCCAGGAAAUGCAGGCCUGGACGGACAAAAGGGAGAAACUGGUGAACCUGGACCAAAAGGAAUCAAAGGAUCAGCUGGCCCAUCUGGGGAAUUGGGCUUACCUGGUGAACCCGGCAUGAAGGGACCAAUUGGACCAAAGGGCAACAAAGGUGAAAGUGGUAAACCUGGGAUGAGAGGAUCACAAGGGCUUGUGGGGAACACAGGGGAACCAGGAUUGCCAGGUCAACCGGGACACCCAGGCAUGCCAGGCCUGAAGGGAAGCAAGGGAGAAAGAGGAAACACGGGUGAAACAGGAGUGAUGGGAAUGAAAGGUGAUCAAGGAGAACAUGGACGACCAGGAGUUCCGGGAUCACCUGGCCCAGUGGGAUUCAAGGGGGAGAAAGGGACAGCAGGGGAUCCAGGGCAGAGAGGGCCAGGAGGUCAAAUGGGACGGCCUGGACAACCAGGUCAGUCAGGGCCAGCUGGGCCCCAAGGGGUGCGAGGGGACACAGGCCCCCCUGGGCCACAAGGACCCGAAGGCAGAUCUACAAGUGAAAUGUCAGACAGUCACAUUCGGCAAAUCUGCAGAGACAUUCUUAGAAGUGAGCUGCCUUUAUUACUGCUAAGCAACCAGCAGAGUAGCUGUACAAGAUGUCAAGGUCAACCGGGGUCACCUGGUGCACAAGGUCCAGCUGGUCCCCAAGGACUCAGAGGUCUUCCUGGACUUAGUGGUUCAAGAGGACAACCUGGUCGUCCAGGGCGUCCAGGGAUUAUUGGGCUGAAAGGAGAACCGGGUUACACAGGUGAGAAAGGGAGCCCUGGUCAAGUCAUGGUUGGGGAUCAGGGACCUCCGGGGCCACCAGGGCCUGUUGGUCCCCAGGGGUACAGCAAACCAGGUCCUCCUGGUAAGCCUGGAUUUCCUGGUCAAAAUGGAGCAGAGGGUAAACCAGGUAAUCCCGGCGUUCCUGGCCAUCCCGGGGUAUGUGACCCAUCUCUGUGCUAUUCUAGUGUAAUGAGAAGGAGUUCCUUCAGCAAAGGCCCAAACUAUUGAUGGAUUGCAGUGUCACUAACGCCUCAAAUCUCAAGCUGAUGUGGAACAAACAGUCAUUCUCAGGAAGAUUUAAUCUCUACAGUUUCUCUCUCUCCAGGAAAACUAAAAGUACCUCUUCAACUUUUUUGUGAUCUCAUUCAUCAUUGUAUAUUUUUUUAAUAUGUGUAUUGAAUAUAAUGAAUAAUAUUAUUAUUCUUUGUCUUUUAACAUUAUUCUUGAGGUUUUCAGGGUGUUAGGAGAACUGAAAAUUGGCUCAUUUGAAUACCUCCAUCUGAGCACCUUGAAAUCUUGUAUGUCUUGUGGCUGGUACACUUCCCUUUAGUGCCCCCUGGUGUUGCUUCAGUGCAUGACUGUUUCUACCAACUUCACAACACUGUCAGUGGGUGCUAUUUAAAGUUUGAAACGAAAUAAAACUGUUAUAUGAAUUACAUGUUUUGUUGUUAAUCUUGACAUACCUUUUCUGUAAAACUGGCAUGUUUUGAUUUUGUCUUACUGAUUAUCAUCUCCUGUGAGCAUUUCUUAAUCUUUUCAAGCAGCUAUAUUGUGUAUUUUCUGAGAUAAAAUUAGACUGUUCCCCACAACAGUUAGAAGUCUUUAAGAUGUCACCUCUUUAUAUCUAGGAUGGAAAAUGUUUUAAAAAAGUGACAUUUUUGACAUUUUACUUCAUUUCCCCUCCACAGGUUCAGUUUUAAUUUCUGUAUUAGGUAUUGUAUUGUUAUUUAUAAGAGUAAUAUCUGUGCAUUGCAGCAGUGAUGCAUCUUUAACAUAUUUGUAAUGUAGAUAUUUUGUAACUUUUGUACGUUUUUGUCAUUUUUCAAAAAAAAAAAAAGAAUUAAAAUUUUAGAACAA